AUGGACCAAACUGUUGCAUUCCUUAACCAAACUGGUAAAUAAUCAUAAUUUAUACUCAUUCUUACUUUAGAGGGAAGAGAUAAGUUCUGUAAAGCAAUCUAAUACGCCUCAAGAAUUAUAAAAUUCUAGCAAACCGGCAAAAAUGAUAAGUUAGCUGCCAAAUUUCAAGGCCUCUUUGAGGGAAUGAGAGAUGCUCGUAAACUUUUCAGAUUAUUCAAGUCUAUUGUUGAAUAUUAGAAGAUUACUUAAAUCUAGAAGUAAAAGCUACCUCAGCACAAGAAAGCCCUUUAAAUUCUUGCUAGAUUAGGCUUCCUGUUUUAUUGGGUCUUUGAUAACUUACAAAUUCUAGCAAAGAUUAAGUACCUUGAGGGAGUAGAUAAAGAAUAAGCAGGCAAAAGAGCAGCUACUUUCUGGUUGUUAGGUUUACUCUUCACCCUAGCUUUGACUCUUAUCUCUAUCUAUGAAGCUCAUCAAGAAGAGUAAGCACUAAGAGCUCAAUCUAAAUCUCUCAGUGCUGAAGAGAGAGCAGCUGGAGUACUUAAGGAUAAAUUUGCAGCACUAAACAGAAAGAAAUUUGAAAAUACUCUUAACAUUCUCAAAACACUUGGAGAUAUGGUUACAGCCAGUUAGGCCAUUGGUCUCCCAAGAAAACUUUUUGGCUUCGAUUUCAACGAUGGUCAAGUUGGCUUUGGUGGAUUCCUUAGUGCCGUUCUCACUUGCUAUUAAUUAUUCCCAGAGAAGAAGUGA